UUCCUCAUUAAAUUUGACUUUUACUUCCAUGAUGCCAACAAUUUCACGAUCGUAUCUCGUCAUUCUGACAACGUGUAUAGUUUCUGAACACUUAACGACACGUAAACGCCGAACUAUCGUCGACUGUCGAGUAACGGGACGUGCUGACCGAAACGUCAAUACAUUUGUACACGGUGCUUAUUGCUUGUUGCCUUCCACGUACAUUUUACGUAUUUCCUCUGUUUCGUUCAGUUGACAUUUCAGUUGCAAUAAUAUCGAGAAGCCGAAAAUGGUAAGAUUUGUAUUAGCAUUCACUAUAAUAAUAUUUAAUUAUUUAUUAGGUAGGUACAGUUAAAUUUUACAAUAAAUAUUACUUGUUCAUUUCAAUGUAGGUACCUAUUGUUUUUUUGGUCAAAAGUACAAUGAGUACUAAUAUAUUCAUUAAUAUUCCUUAUAAUCGUCAUGCGAUCAAAAAAAAAAAAAAAUGUUGUUUUCAUUGUAAAUUUCCUUUUUAUUCAAUUGUUGUAAACCAUACAAUUUUAGUUUUUGUAAUAGUAGCUGUCGUUACAUAUUACCAAGUGCUCAAGUUAGUUAAAACUCGUGUUGGAAAUCACAUUUGUCAUUUAAUAUAGCGCAACAUAAUAAUAAUACAAUGAAACUUUUAAAAAUACCAAUUUGUUAUUAUAAAUUAACAAACAAUGAAAAAUGUUAUGGAACAUACUUAUAUCACCCAUGUAAGUAAUAUGGGUCAUAUGGUAAUGUAUAUAAUAUGGUCAUUAAAAAAAAAAAAAUGUUCAAUGCUUUUUUGGUAUACACUGUAUACUUAAAUUACCACAUUUAAAAAAAAAUUAUAUAAUUAUUUAUUUAUCCAAACUUAUACCUACUGAACAAAUGACCAAUACAAUUUGUAUCGAUACAUUUUAGGUUAGGUAAUGUAUAAAAGUCUAUGAAACGGUUUUGUAUAUCUAAAAUAUAUAUUACUUACAUUUAAUGAAUUUAUUAAAAAUUUAUUAAUUUUGUCCUCAUAUUGUGGCCAUAUUGACUUUAUUAAACUUAUUUUAUUUUGAUUUUGAUGUGUAUUAUUAUUAUUAAUUAUUUUAUUGGUUUCCGGCCUUUAAAACUACUCCGUAAAACUAACUAUUUUUUUGUCUUUAGUGGCUUUGGUGGCCAAUUAAUUCUUGGUACACCACUUUUAUAUCUUCACACAAUCUUCUUGUGUAUAUUAUACAGUAUAUCACAUAAUAUUAUGUACUAUACCUACCCAUCAUUUAUGCUCUACAAUUGAUUGAUAGUUUUUUGCCAAAAUGUUAUACGAUAAUUGGAAAAAUUGAAUAGAAUUUAUACCCAUUUUAUUUGUUAUUUUUUUGACAUAAUGUCUAUAUGCCUAGAUUAUAAUUUUCAAUAAUAUUUAAUUGUAUUCAGGUUAAAGAUAUUUUUAUAUGGUACUUUUGUAGUUUUGUCUGUAUUAACUAGUAUACUUUAUAUAUAAUAGUAUAUUUUUAAUUCAGAAUUUAAUAUAUCAUUUUUAUGUAUGUAAUCAAGUUAUGUCAUUAUAAAUUUUACAAAAAGUGCACAAUGAGUGCUAAAGUAAAUUCAAUUUAAUGCACUAAUUACUAUGAACUUUGUCGCUCCAUCACGAACGCAAUAAUUAUUAAUAAUCAUAAAAUAUGGCGUUUGAUUGGUUGGCCCUUAUAGUCUCUGUGGUGAGUAUCUAUUCUAGUUUAGACAAAUAAUUUCAUAUCCCUUUUGGUUACUAUUUAGACAAAGGUAUGUUUCCAACUUUGCGGAAAAUUUGUUGUUCCGUCAUAUCGAUUCAUAAGGCUGGCAGUCAAUCCGUUAUUUCAAAUUAUAGAUUGAUUUCUAUUCAAUCCUCCUUGUAUAAAAUGUUUGAAACCUUGGUAUUAAACUGCAUUCAGUCAUCAAUUAUCAGAAUUAUUAUUCGCUUAACCACAACUUGUAAUUUAGUUUUUAGUAAUUUCUUAUUUGAGUUUUUUCAUGUAGAGUCGCAGGUAGAUGUUGUCUACACAGAUUUUAAUAAAGCAUUUGAUUUUGUGAACCAUUAUAUUUUCAUUAAACUCCUUGAAAAUAGGCGUCAAUGAGUUAAAGUCAUUUUCAGCAUUAUCCAGAGUACCCUAGGGUAAUCACCUGUCUCCUCUUCUGUUUUUGUUAUUCAUCAACAAUGUUAGUCAUGUAUUGCACCACAGUAACCUACCGUAUUUUCCUCUUGACAUGCGUAUUUAUAUGCCUGUAAAUAAUUUAAAUACUGUUGCCAACACCUGAAUGAUUUGAACCCUUUUGUUGAGUACUUCACAUUAUGAUAAACAUAUCUAUGUGUAAAGUAAUACUAAUGACAUUCAGCAGAAAUUGAUCUCCAAUAAUGUAUUCCUAUAAUAUAAUGGGCUCUGUACCUCUAUGAGCAGAUAAUCAUAUAAUUGAUCUUGAUUUUAAAUUUAACAAUUCAAUGGAUCCCAACUCUUAUCAAUAUGAUAUGCUGUAAAGCGUUGAAGAAUCUUGGAUUUAUAAUGAAAAUAACUAAAGUUUUCCCUAAAUUACACGUUAAAGACAUUUUAUUGUGCACUAAUGGGAUCUAUUUUAGAGUAUGUAUCAAUAAUUUGGGACCCACACACUCCUAGUGGAGCCCAAUGAAAAUUCUAGAGAUAUGCUAGCUUUAUUUUAGGCAUCCUAUGUCUCCUUCAUGAGUACACUUCUGUCACAAAGGUUUUUGACCUAGAAUCUUUAGCUGACUAUAUAUGGAUGUUAGCAAGACUUUGUAUAGGUGGUCUGUUAUCCAAUAAAAUGUUCUUUUAUCACUUAAAUAUUUCAACAUCCCUUUAAGCUAUUGAGACACUUAAUGUAUAUUGCCAAUAUGGAUCCCGUCAUUCAUGAUUAAUUAUGUUAUAUUUAAACUACCUAUAAUUUUGUAUAAUAUUUAUUAUCAUUAUUAUUAUAGCAUUUUACUGUUGCUUUAAUUUAAAACUGUUAUUAAAUAAAUACAUAAUCAAAAUGGAUAAAUGAUAUUUUUGGAUUUUAGUUAUUUGGAUUGAUUAAAAUUGUACUCAAAUUGUUUAUUAUUGCAUUAAAAACCCAGAUUAAAUACAUCAUCAUAACACUAAUAUUAUGAUAAUAUCAUAUUCACAAUCAUUAAUAUACAUGAAAUAAAAAUAUAAGUACCUAUAUUAUUUUUAUUUAACCAUGUUAACACUAAAAUUGUAUUUUUCAAAACACUGGCACAUUGUCAGUGAAAAACACAUAUAGUUUCUCUGGAAUUUCACUGUGAACUUUUUAUCAAAUCAAAAGAUCAUAAGUUAUUUCAUUGGACAUUUAAUAUUUGAUACAAUGUUAAAAAAUGCUCUUAUACAAAAGUAAAGUAUUAUGAAAAUACUAGCUGCUUAUUCAAUUAUUAAUUUUACAAAAAAAGUAAUAGGUAAUUAAGUUAACAUAAGUUUAAACUAUUAAGUAUAUAUUUUAUCAUAAAAAGUGAAUUUUUUAUACUGCAAGGUACAAUUAACUGGCAGCUGUUUAUUUAACUCUUAAAUAAACAAAUUCAAAAUUUAGGCAUUACUUAGGUAAAAUAUUUUUAAGACAUGUAACUUUUUUGUGAAAAUCAAGUUGUAAAUAGCUGUAACUAGACAAUUCAAACAUAAAAAUACAUAUUUAUAUAAUUGUAGUAAUUCUUUUAAACUCUGAGAUACCCAUUGUAAUCGAUAAAACUCUAAUGUAUAUUUAUUUUUGUUCAAAUAAUAGAUUUUUUGUUACAUUUAAACUAUUGUAAUAAAAAUACUGUCCUGUACUAAAUUAGUUGAUUAUAAUAAUAAUACAAAUAUUAUAUUUAAAGAUUUAUUAUUAACAAUAAUGUUUUAUGUUUUAGCCUGUAAAUCCUAGUGCAAUGCAGUCGACUAGUGCUGGCCCAAGAUCACCAACAAAACCAGGUGCUUCUAGAACUGCUGGAAAUGUUCUUAGGCAACGGUAAUAAUAUUUCAAUUAUAUUUUUUUAUGCCAAUCACUAAAAAUUUAAUUAUUCUUAGAUUGAUCUCAACUUUUCAUACAUUUUAAUAUAUUUAAAUUAACUAAAACAAUUUAAACAGAGGGAUAAUUAAAACCAAUCCACUAUAUUAAUGUACAUUUACAAUUGAAAUUAUCACCGUCUUAAUGUAUUUAUAUUAGUUACCUAUUAUAAAGAAGAAUUUUGGAUUCUAAGGGGAGCAAGGAAUGUUUACAAUGAUGUUUAUUUUUAUUUAUUUUUUGUGGACAACUUUUAUAUUGUUAAUUUUGCUCCGAUAUUCAAGUAUAGCAAUUUAUCUGAAAGGAAAUCUAACAGGGUGGUACUUUAAGAAGGUCAUUUUUUGAUUUUUUCAGGUAUUUUUUUCAUUAUAAUCGAGGAAAAUUUAUUAUGUUUUCAAUUUUUUGUUUUUAUUCAGUUAAAAAAUAACUGUAAAGACUUGAAAUUAGGAUAAAAAAUGUAUAUUUGCUUUUUCUGAAUGUGGUAAAAUCUUCAAAACAUUUGUAGCAUAUUUGUCUGUCAUAUUGAUGUAAAAUAGGUACAAUAUUAAACAAAUAUUAUUAAAAAAUAUAAAAUGCAUAUGAAACUAUUUUACCAUAGUGUGACAAAGGCAACACUAUUAACCAAACUCCACUCAUAAUCAUUUUUUAAUUAGUAAUGGUUAAUCAUUGCAUACAGAUAUUGAACUAUUUUAAUUUAUUUUCUAGAAAAACGACAGGACCUACUACAUCAGUAAGAAAUCGUAAUACUGGAUCAAAUCAUGGAGGCAUGUGGCGUUUUUACACUGAUGACUCCCCUGGAAUAAAAGUGUAAGAAGUUAUUUAAUAUAAAAUCUUUAAAAAAGAAAAAAAUUUAAAUCAUGAUUUGUGUAUUGUAUAAAAUAUUAAAAAUGUUUAGCAUUGUGUUUAACACAAUUUUUACUUUUGGGCUAAUCUAUAUUGCACAAGUUGAUCUAUUUAAUUUUUUGACAGAUAUAUGACUGUAGUACAUGUUUUAAAAUUGUUACUUAUUAGUUGUGGUUUAAGAUUUUCUAGUAAUACAGAUGUUGUACAUACUACAUAACUCUAACUAGUGUUUUAUGGUAUUAUAAAAUAUAUUUACUUAAUUUUUGCUUAAUUAUAAAAUUGACCAAAGAUAACUUGUAUCUUUCUAAUAAUCUAAUAUAUGAUUUUAUAACAUUUUUAAUGUUAUCUGCACAAUAAGGUGUUUCCAACUGAUAGUUCUUAAAAAUAUUUUUUUAUCAGGAAGUUAAAAUUCAGAAUUUUAAGAAAGAAUCAAAUUAAUGUUCGUUUUGAAUAAUUGAUGAAAACUAUAGAUUUUUUUAUUAUUAUAAUAUGACAUUGAGAUGUACAAUUUACAUAAUUUACUUUACUAUAGAUACUGCUUAUUACUACAGGCAACUAUAGGUAAUAAUUUAGCUAGUAUAUAAGUGUAUGUAUAAAACAAUAAUUUUUUAUGUUUUUGUAAUAUUUUAAAAUCAACUGAUUACUAAGACUAGUGCACACUAAAACUUUUGACUUUGAUGAUUAGUUCACAAUUGUAUUUAAAAGCCAACAAAGGAAUAGAGACUGGCAAAAAAUUGACUUAUUAAAUCCGGAAAAAAUUGCGAUUCCAUUUUGAUUGAAAUUAAUUAUACACACUACACCAUCUUUUCUUAAUAAUAGCACAAGUUAUAAUUUUUUUUAAAUCGUUAUUUGAUAUAAGCAGUGUAAGCAUUUCGAUUGCUGGUAAUUAAAAAUAUUAUCAUUGCUACUAUUAUGAUACCAAAAUUGUAAUAUAAAAACUGUAAUUUCUAACCAUCAUCAAACUAUAUAGUUAAGUUGUAGAAAAUUUGUCUUACAGCAUUCUACAUCUUACUACUUGAUGCAGUAUUUAAAUUAAUAUUGUAAAUUUGACAAAUGUGUACUUUAAUUUAAUUUUAUGUAAAAAUUUGUACAUUUUUAUUAAUUAAUUUUAUUGAAAUUUACCCUCUUUUUCAGAGGUCCAGUACCAGUAUUAGUGAUGUCGCUACUGUUCAUUGCAUCUGUUUUUAUGUUGCACAUUUGGGGAAAAUACAAUAGAGCCUAAAAUUUUAUUUUAUUUAUUUUGUAAAUAAUUUAUAUUAAUAUAUCAUUCCCAUUUUUUUUUUAAUUAUAUCAAUUAUUGAACAAUUAUUCUCAGUUAUCACAUUUAUACAAUUUGUAAUUUUGAUAAUCCAAAUUGAAAAUUAUACAGUACAUUUAUUGAAUAUUUUAAGUUUUCAUGUUUCACAAAAAUAUUA